GGCAAAGAAAGGGGGGCAGAAAGGCUUGGUGCUUCUGAGGUCACAAAAAGAUCCCUUUUCUAGUUGUCAACUUAGAGUUGAGGAUUUCAGUCCUCAGUGAAGAAGGAGGAGGCGAGAAUGAAAUCCUUGAGUGUUUCACUAGUGGUCCUGUGGCUCCAGCUAAAUGGGGUGAGCAGUCAGCAGAAGGUGCAGCAGAGCCCAGAAUCUCUCACUGUCCCAGAGGGAGCCAAGACUUCUCUCAACUGCACUUUCAGCAGUAGUGCUUCUCAGUAUUUCGCAUGGUACAGACAACAUCCUGGGAAAGAACCCAAGGAGCUACUGUCCAUCUUCUCCACUGGUGAAAAGGAAGAAGGCAGAUUCACAAUUCAGCUCAAUACAGCCAGCCUACAUGUUUUCCUGCACAUCAGAGAUUCCCAGCCCGGUGACUCUGCUCUCUACUUGUGUGCAGUGAGCACACAGUACUCCCCAGACACCUGCAGCCUGCAUGCAAACCUACUGUGCAGCAUCAAGCCCUGACAAAGGUCACAGACCACACAGCAGAGACAUUCUGUUUCCAUUCUAUUCUAUACUGUGGGACUUAUAAGCAGGAAUUCAGAGGGCUUGAUUAUCCUGGAACGUAUUUUAACAUUAAGAAAAAAAGUAAUCCUGAUAGGAAAGGCACAUUACUAGUACAGGUGAAAUACUUUCCACUGUUUUCUUCUUACAUGUGGGUGGUUAUACAAUAAUGCACACACUACUAAAGGGCAUAUGAUGUUGAGCUGGAAGACAAAACACAUGGCCAUAAGGCUUACCACAUACCAUGCCAUAAAGACAACCAUUAACUCUACAACCCUG